AUGGAAGAGCAGCAGCCAACUGUGGCAGUUAUCGGUCUUGGUUCUCAAGGUUUAGUCACCCUCAAGAACCUCCUCGAGGAAGGAUUCGUAGCUUCUGGCUUUGACAAACGCAGCUACGUCGGAGGCGUCUGGCACUAUUCCACGGAUUACCACGUAUCCGCCCUACAGUCGACUGUAGUCAACGUUUCGCGCGAGAGGGCAUGUUUCACAGACUUCGCAUUUCCAGAGAAAACAAGCUCAUACCCAAGUGCUCGCGAAGUCGAUCAGUAUCUAAAUGACUAUUGCAACCAUUUCGGCCUUCGCAAGCAUAUUCGUCUGUCAACCGAGGUGAAAUCUAUUGAGCGAGACGAGGUCCACAACAAAUGGCGCCUGUCCAUUUCCGCCAGUGGCCAGGCCUCAGAGACCCUUGAAUUUGACAAGAUUGUCCUUGCCACAGGACCUCAUGUCAGCCCAGUACAGCCAACCCUUGCCGGAAGAUCACAUUUCUCGGGCACUGUCAUCCAUUCAAUCGCAUUCAAGCAUCCUCCCAGCUUUCAAGGCAAACGUGUCAUGGUUGUAGGCAUGUCUAACUCGGCUGCAGAUACGGCAACCUCCCUAGUCGGCAUUGCGGAAGAGAUCUUCCUCUCACAUCGUCACGGCAGCGUGGUCUUACCUCGUUAUCUGAGAGACGGCACCUCACUCGACCACAAUUUAUCAUACCGGCAGUCUAACAUAAAAGACACGCUUGAUGUUAUUGCACCGAAGCUGGGUGCUAAAUUUAUUGCCAGCAUCACUGGUAGAAUUUCCCGCGAGAACUUUGGACAGUUCGACCCUGAGUGGAACCUCAAUACCCCUCCCUCUCUUCUCCAUCAAGCUCCAACGGUCAGUGACACACUAAUACCGGCGCUCAGGAAUGGUAGCAUAAUCAGUACCGCGGCUCCUUCGCACAUCACGGGUCCCAAUGCGGUCCAACUAGAAGAUGGCAAAAUUGUUUACGUGGAUGCCAUUAUUUACUGCACAGGUUACGAAGUGGACUAUUCCAUACUCGGCCGUUACGAUCCAACCCUGACCAAUCCCACUGUUUCUGAAGCUCGCAAUAAGGCGACACCAAGACUGUAUCAAAAUGUCUUUUCGCUGACAUAUCCAGAGAGCCUUGCAUUUGUUGGCAUUGCAAUCGCCUUCUCCCCUGCAUUUAUGAUUAGUGACCUGACAAGUAUGGCAAUAGCUCAAAUAUGGUCAACCGCCCCUCAUACCCCGGCCCUUCCAGCACGGAGAGCCAUGGAGCAAUGGUAUGAAGGCCACCUUGUUUGGGCCGACUAUCUGCGUUCCCUGAGCCCGCAUAGGAAGUUUGUCCCCCUCAUGGUAAAGAAUGGUCCCUGGCUUAAAUGGGUUGAACAUGCUGCUGGUACUCGACUUGAGGAGAAUUUGAGCUAUACAAGCCUUCAAGCUUGGAGAUUCUGGUGGAACGACAAAAAGUUCUGUGCCAUCCUUACAGAUGGGAUUUGGUCUCCACACAUGUAUCGCCUCUUCGAAAGUGGUCAAAGGAAGAAAUGGGAAAACGCCAGAGCUGCCAUCGAGGCAGUCAACACCAAUAUCCAAGAGCGGAUUAGAACGAUGAAGGAAAGCCAUGACGGAUCCGCAAUAUGA